AUGCGGACUUUCACGAAGCGAGACACUUGGUACAUCGAGGAGGAGCUGAAUGUGAUGGAGGUUGUCUACAAAGCCGACGCGGAGAUCACGCUGUCGGGGACCUUGAACUUCAAGGCGCUUGGCAAGCGACUCGGCAAGGACAUGAAGGUUGUGAAGGACGCCGUCUCGAACCUUAGCCAGGACCUGCUGACAGAGUUCGAGAAAACAGGUGAGAUCACGGUCGAGGGUCACAAGCUUGCCGGCGAUGACAUUCAGCUAGCGCGGAAGCUGAAGGUCCAGGAUCUUCAGGGCGUCUCGCGGCCCUUGUUUCUCGGCCGCUACUGGCACAUCAACGGGACCUAUGACCAGAUGAGCAACACACAUCACGAGAGGCCUGUUUGGGUGAAGCGCGAUGUGGUCCCGCUGUACGUCUUUCACACUGGCAAGACCCGAUGGGUUGUCAGCAAGCGCGUCGACGACGGCUCCAAGUGCUAUGCCUACGUUCAGGACACCGGCUACAAUCCUGUCAAAGUCAGCGGGCACUGGUGCUGUGUGGAUUCAGAUGGCCAGUGGCGUGCAGACCCCUCCGUGCUCUGCUCUCCAAUGCCGGCUUCAAACGACCCCUUUGUUCAGCUCCGCACGAGCCUCGAGUCAGAGAUGGAGCAGUAUGGCUUCAACAACAUGGACAAGCUGAGACAGCUUUGGAAACGCCUGGACUUCAACGGCAACAACAUUGUCAGCCUGGCCGAGAUCGACAAGCUGGUCGUCGAGAUGGUGGCCGGUGGCAUGUGGCCCUCCUGGCUCAACAACAAACCAGCCUUGAUGCGUGCUUACAAGAAGACGAUCCUGAAGGAUGGCGAUGGGGACGACUGGGUCACCAAGAGAGAGUUUCACAACCUGCUGUUGAACAUCUUCUGGUUCAACAAGCUUUGGCAGAUCUUCGAAGUGGUGGAUUCCGGCGACGACCGGCGCAUCGACGUGAACGAGUUCAUCCGCGGUAUGAGCCAGCUGGGCCUCCACCUCUCCCCUUCUGAGGCGCAGGAGCAGUUCAAUAAGAUCGAUUCGAACCAUGGGGGCCAGGUCCUGUUCGUGGAGUUCUGCGCGUACGUGCGAAGUCGCGUGCACCCCGAUGGCAACCCCUCCUUCGAUGCGGACAUCAUGUCCGGGGAGAAGUGCAACAAGGUCAUGCGGCAGAGCCAUGGAAACACGGCCACAAGGGAGCUCAAGGUCACUCGCAAGGUGGUCGGCAAAGUUCCGUAA